AUGUCAGUAACACCAUCGACAGACUCAAAGAAUAAAUUAACAUAUCCAACAAAGAAUGGAAAGGUUCUAGAGUUUGAUAUCUCUGAAGGUGCAUGCAGUAAGUUUGGAUUUUUCCAUGGAUCUAGAGUAACCACUCCAAAAGGUUCAGCUACAGUGAUUGGUGUAAAAGAUGAUAAUUUAUGGUUUCAUAUAGAUAGAGAUUCAGGUGCCUCCUUCUGGGACAACGGAAAAGACUAUGAAGCACUACUCUAUCAACUAGGAGUACAGUUAGAUGAUAACGAUUUCUCUACAAUCACUGAUAAAUCAGGUCAAUACCGUGUAAAGAGAGUAACUUAUAUGAAUAAACCUAUCAGUAUAGUAUUGCAAAAUGAAAAUGGACCAUGUCCAUUGAUUUCAAUUGGCAAUGUAUUGCUAUUACAACAAAAGAUUUCAAUAGAUCAAGAUAUCAAGACAAUCACUCUGAAGAAGCUUGGUGAUAAAAUUAUAGGUUAUGCGAGAUUAAUUUAUCAUGAUAAUCCUGAUAUAUUACCAAUUAUCGAUGAUUAUGAUAAGAAUGUUUUACCAAGUCUAGAAACUGGAUUGAUUGUAAAUAUAAAGUUUGACAAUAUUUGUGGAUUUGAUAAGACAGAGCCUUGUCAGAUAUUUGAUUAUUUAAAGAUUAAAUUAGUACAUGGAUGGAUUUAUCCAGAGGAAGCCGAGGGACAUGUUUUUGUUUCCGAUUUAACAUAUAACGAUUUAGCUGCUAAAAUGACUUCUUUUGGUCAAUCUUUUCCAGAUAUCACUUCAAGUACAGAAGAGCAAAUUAGAGACUUCUUUGCAUGUAAUCAAUUGACAAUUAAAGGAUUGGAGUUAAUUAAAGAGAAUCUUGAGGAAGAUGAAUUGUGUGUAUUUUUUAGAAAUAAUCAUUUUGCAACGAUGACCAAGCAUGCUGGUGAUUUACAUAUUUUGGUUUCGGAUGUUGGAUACGAGUCAGAGAGUGCCGUAGUUUGGGAUAAGAUCAUUGGCAUUGGUGGUGAGAAUCUUUUCCUCUCUGGUGAGUUCAAGACCAGAAGAGAGAAUCAAGUCGAAAUUGCCAGACUCGAUCUUUUGGCUAUCGGUUACAACGAUGAACAGGUCGGUCAAGCCAUUGACCAUGUCAACCAAUCAAAGCUUACAGACUCUAGUGAACCAUUCAGUAUCGCAAUCGAAUACCUUAACAGCAAAGGUUACACACCUGGAUAA